GGAUCAUACAAAGACUCGGAUCCCUCCUGGUAACAUCACACCACUCUCUGGGAUCGUGGGGGAGAAAGGCAUCUUUAUUAUUUUUUGGGAGUGAAUCUCUCGACUUGUGACACGCACGUACUUUUGUUUCUCUCUCUCUCUCUUUUUUUUCCUGAUAAACGGGGAAGCCGAGUAACAGAAGAAGGAAAAACAUGUCCAGUGCCAUCCUGAGAAGAAACUCCAGCAAGGAGGGCUUGCAGAACCUACUGAGAAUCACCGCGCAGCGGAGCAUCGAGGAUGCCGAGGAGAUCGAGCGAGAGCGGCGCCGCCGGGCGCGUGAAGCUUUCCGCAGCACGAGCAGCCAGUCCGACUCCCCGCGGGACGGCGGGACCGCGGCCGAGGACAGCCCGGUGGAGAGCGAGCUGAAGCCCAGCUCCCAGCAGGCCCUGGAGGAGGACGAAGGCUUCAGUGACUGGACCCAGAAGCUGGAGCGGCGCAGGCAGAGGCGCCUGGAGGAGCAGGGCCCCGCCGAGGACGAGGAGGAGGAGGAAGAGCAGCGGCGGCGGCGGCGGCAGCAGCAGCAGCAGCGGGGGCCGAGCCGCGACGAGAGGACACGCCCACCACAAGCGCCCCGGCUGGCCGGCCGGGAGGAGGAGGAGGAGGAGGAGGAAGAGUGGGAGAGCCACAGGAGGAGCAGGAGGUGGAGAGAGGAAGAGGAGGAGAAGCUGAGGGAGGAUGGAAGGAUGAAGGCUGUGAAGAGAGCGGAGGAGCCAAAGAGAGAAAGAGAUGAAAUGGCCAAGGAGAAGAGGAAAGAGGUGAAGGUCUCGUACACAUCCAAAGUCUUCCUGUCACAGGAAGUGAAACAUUUCAACGGCAAUGGAGAGGCAGCUGGGGAGGAAGUGACAUCACAUCUCUUGAAAACAAUAAGACCACUGAGGAGCGCGAGCCAGGGCGGGGCCCAGGACCCGGAGGAGGAUGCGGAGGUGUUCCUGGAGACGGAGCAGAAGCUGGAGAAGUUCCGGCGGAGUCACCAGGAGAAGGAGAGCCAGGAGCUGGAGCUCCUGCGGCAGAAGCAGGCGGAGUCCGAGGCCGAGCUGGAGGAGCUGAAGAAGAGGAGGGAGGAGCGCCGCAAGAUACGCGAGGAAGAGGAGCGCCGGAGAGAGGAAGAGGAGUACCAGAGACAGCUGAAGGAGGAGAAGGAGAGGAGGCACAUGAAGGAGGAGAUAGAGAGGAGGAGGAUGGAGGCGACAGAAAGGAGGAUGAAGAACCUCAGCACCUCCAGCAUAGAGGGGGAUGAGCCAUUCAGCCCAAUCAGCCCCAAGAGCCCAUCCUUUAAGGGUGAGGGUGAAGACAGAGUGGCAGGGGAGACCGCAUAUUCGAUCACUGAGCGGACUGAGUCUCUGAACCGAUCUCUUAAGAAGAGCAACAGCGUUAAGAAGACGCAGCCUCCCCUGCUCAACACCAGCCUUGACAACAAACUGGAGCAGUACAGUCACGCCAUCGAGGAAGCCAAGCUGUCCAAGCAGGGUGUGGUGGACAUCCCCUGCCCCCCAGAGCCUGUGGCCUCCAAGAAGAGCCUGUUUGAGGCCGGAGAGGCCUGGAACCAGAACUCUCCCAAGACCACACCGUCAAAGGAUGCUGAAGGCCUGAAGGUGGGCGUGGCCGACCUGAUCACCCAAUGGGUGAAGGGCAACCCCGACGGCAGCAGCAGGAACUCCCCCUCCAAGCCAGCGGACAUCAAGGCCGGUGACGUGCUGCACAAGAAGAACAUCUGGGAGUCCAUCAGAGACAGCUCAUCCGCCGAGAGGUCCACUGCCGGGGGGAAGGGUACCCCGUCCGGCAAAAGGUACAAAUUUGUGGUGAUGGGCCACGGCAAGUACGAGAAGGUUCCGUUGGAGGACGGCGAAUACGAGGCGUACGCGAACGAGAAACCAGGUGGACUGAGCCAUCAAGACUCGUGAAACAUUGACGAUUCGUCAAACUACAACUUCUUUUCUUUAUUUAUGAUGUCAUUGAUUCAGUCUGUUUUUUUUUUUACUGAUGCUGUUUAUGUGUAGUGCAGCCAUAUUGCAUUCUGUCAGGCUAAAAGGUGAUACUCAGCAGUGUCAACAAGUACACUAUAUUCCAAAAAUAUAUAAUUAAUCUUGUGUCACAGAUGUAUUCAACAUUUCCCCACUUUAUCAUACUGCUAACAGCUGUUUUGUUUUAUGUCUUUAGUCUUUGCUAGCUACAUGCUAAGUAAACUUGUUUUAAAAAAAUAUAUUUUAUACAACUUUAGUAUAUCAUUCAUUUCUGUUUUUUAUUUUUAUUUUUUACAUGUGAAUCUAUGUUAACUGGAUAGACCUAGAUGUAUAUAUGACUAAUGAGUGUUUCACCUACAGUGCAACUUAAUUUUUUCUUGGGUGUUACUCCUUUGAAAAAGUAUAAGCAAAAUGAAUUCAUUUACAACACAUAAUGGGUUUAUGUGGGGUAGUUCAUUUUCUGUGAGUACUUUGUUCAUGCAAAUGCCAAUGUACAUCUUGUACUGUUGGUGGUCAUAUGCAAG